AUUAUCAUUGAUAUCAAUAUAUAUUAACGAUAUUGACGUAGACUGUUACUGACUGUUACUGACGAUUCACAAUUGGACUUCGAGGAGAAAGUUGGAGGCUGGACUGGCUGGAGCUAGUUGGAGGUGUUUCCCUCGGCUAAGAAAAAAUUGUACAUUCCACUGAUUUCACAGUUUCUCUCGGACGAGAAUCGUACGUUUACGCUGUGCAAUGGAUGCAUUUGGCGACAAUUUUGUCAACGAGCCCGACGUAGACCCAGCUGCAGAGUUCCUGGCGAGGGAACAGGAUCAGCUAGCCGGUUUAGAAGAUGACAUUACCCCAAUGGCUGUAACUCUGGCUGCGGCGGCGGCAGGUCAGGCUGAAGAUGAGCUGUCUGGAAAAUUUGGAAAUCUAAAAGUUGGCCCAGGAGGUGACGCUGAAGGCAGUUUUGAAAUUGUAGAUACCAUCGGGCAGUCUGUAGAAGGACAAGCACCGAUAACAUCAGAACCAGCGCCUCCUCCACCAGUCAAGGAAGAGCCUGAAAAGAUUAAAAAGUGGAGGGAAGAACAAAAAGCUCGUCUUGAAGAAAAAGAUGCAGAAGAGGAGAAGAAGAGAGAGGAAUGGAAAGAAGCCGCGAAAAAAGAAUUAGAAGAAUGGUACAAGCAUCACGCAGAAGCCAUUAAUAAAACGAAGACUACUAACAGGGAAUCAGCCAAGAAUGCGGAGAAGCAAUUUGUCGCAGAGGCAGAUGAGGUUGAACCAGGCACCGAGUGGGAACGCAUCGCCAAGCUUUGCGAAUUCAAUCCGAAAUCGUCUCGCACUUCUAAGGACGUUUCCCGGAUGCGUUCGAUUAUUUUGCAAUUAAAACAGACGCCGCCCACUCCCAUUAACGCUUAAUUAAAUUGAACAAAUUAUCUUCGCAAUUAGACUUCUAGAAUAUGAAUUAUGGUAAAUAAACAAGAAAAAAUACGAUAAAAAGAAUAUAAUUAGCACGUCGUGAUUGCACGUCGUGCGAUAUAUUAACAAAAA